AUGGCAUUCGCACCCGUCAGGAAAGCUACGGACGAACUGAAAGACCAGGGCCUCUCCGCCCAUCUGCUCGACUCGACAAUUCUUGCAGCACUCUGCUACGCAACGAAGACAGCAAUGUCCCGUCUUCGCGACCCAGCGAAAUAUGUAUGUCGAAAGCAAUGCAUGGUUGCGACGGUCACAUUAUGCGAAGAAUCGACGAUACAUGGACUGAAAGAACGUUAG